UCGAGUGCAUACCUCGAUGUUCAGCGGAAUAUGAAAUUGUAUGACCGCCCACGUCCAGGCGAGAAUACAGGUAGUCAGCCGUGCUGAACUCGCCUAGCUCAACUCAUUCUAGCUAGCUACUGGGAACUAUUGACAAGUAUCACAAACCGUCUGCGGUCUUUCAUCCACACAGACGGGGUUAAAUACCACGCCAUGCUUACUUCGCCUCAUGUCAUCUAACAGGUGUAAAUGGUCGAAAACUCACAUUGUUGGACACAACCAGGUUUAGAACCAGGUCGCGAUUUUACAUGGAUAUUUCUUCUCCUCGACAUUGCUUUGGAUUUGAUAAUACAUUAGUUGAGGACGCUUAAUUUCUUCAUGCACCCACAGCAGAGCAGCAGUAGUAGCAUGGCCGAGACUGGCGGCAUCUUACCAGACUUGUCGCUGUUCGGGAACGAUGGUCUUCUCAACGAACUGGAGAAGUCUUCGACCUGCAGCGAUUCGGACUUCGUGCUUCCAGCCAGUCCCUUCCUGGAGAACGGCUGGCAGGAUCAAGAGGACCAAACUGGACCGGAUCCACUUUCCGAGAUCUUCUUCAAGAAGGAGCCUUCGAGCCCUUCCUCGACGUCGAGUGACAGCAAGAGCCGACGCGUGAGUGCCUCCAUGAUGGAGGAUUUUUUCUUCGAUCCGAAGUCGUCGACGUUCGGCGACAUCGACAACGGCCAUGGCUUGGUCGGCAAUGUCCUGAUGAACCCUAGUGUGCAUCAGUUCCCCCACAUCAAGGAGGAAAUGGACUGUGAUUACCAGGGGAGUGUACCGUGUGUCCAGUCCGAGUGCGGCCCCAUGCGGGUGCCUUCUACUCCGAUUCCCUGCAGCAAUGGCGCUAACGCCAAUGCAACAAGAUUGUCCAUGAACUUCCAGCACAGUAUGGACAUCGUGAAUAAUAACAAUCAGUGUGGCAUGCGUAGGAUGUCAGUGUGUAGUCCCGAUUCAUUGACAUUGGGUGGGGUUAUGAUCAAACAAGAGCCCCUGGACAAUCUUCCAUCCCCGUGCAAUAUGCAGUGCAACCCGACCCCCACCAACAUGCCCAUGGGGGUACCGCCGACGCCCCCUGAUAUGUGUGCGCUGGCCAUGGAGACGAAACCAAUGAUGCAGCACUCCCCGACGUUUCACCAUCACCAGCAGAACCAGGGACCAGUGUCUAAUUCGUUCACCUUUAAUAUCAACUUGCCACCCAUGGACCACCACCAUCACCACCAGCAGAAUAACCAGCACCACCAGAACAACCAGCACCUUCCACCACACCACCACCACCAUCACCAUCACCACCACCAGCAGCAGCCGCACCACCAGUCCUACAGCGGGUUCCCUCCGACCCCGCCCAACUCUCAUCCAGGUUCGCCUGCUGAUAUUCCCCUGGGUCUGGAGGGGUCGGCCCUCUGUCUGAGACCUCCUCCGCCGCCGUAUCCUGUAGCUGUUGCAAAGGGUGGUCAGGUGUCCCCCUUGACCAGCUCCACCAGCCACACCCACAACCACGCCCACAACCACACCGGCCAGUCUCUCAAGUACAACAGGAAGAACAACCCCGAUCUGGAAAGGAGGAGAAUACACCACUGCAAUUAUCCAGGUUGCACGAAGGUUUACACGAAGAGCUCACAUUUAAAGGCCCAUCAACGCAUCCAUACAGGGGAGAAACCAUACAGGUGUACGUGGAACUCGUGCCAGUGGCGUUUUGCCCGGUCCGACGAGCUCACGAGACAUUUCCGCAAGCACACGGGGGCAAAGCCAUUCAAGUGCAAGGUCUGCGAGCGCUGCUUCUCACGGUCAGACCACCUGUCACUGCACAUGAAGCGACACCAGGACAAGAUGAAUCACCAGCGAAAUGACGCGUCGCAAACGGCGGUAACGCAGCAUCUCUAACGGCGACGCCUGACGCGUCUGACGUCAUGCUGGUUGAACUCUAAUAAUGCUAUCGACGACGUUUGAGAAACGUUUUUUUAAUCAACACUGGACACGUAUGUUGUUAGUCCGCCUAC